AUGUUACUGUUGGUCCUUGUUUCUCUACCGUUAUUGGCAUUAUCUGCUGAUCCAGUCGUUGUGCAGGAUGGUGAUGCAAAUGUUAAGAACAUUGCUCCCGAGACGACAAUAGGUCCAUUGCCGGCUUAUAUCUACAAACCGGGUCCUGACCAUAAGUUCAAGUAUGCUAACUACAAACAUUUCCCGCUGCCAUCUUCCACCGAAGAAACACCAGUAGCUGUUGAAAUCUCCGUCGCAGCCCCAUUAACCAUAGAAAAUCCAGUACCAGAGCCACCACCACCGCCACCAGUGCCAGUGAUUCUCUCACCGUACUUCAUACCGUACUUCAGCCGCUUGCCGCUAGACAACGACUACUUGCUGAUGUCAAGGCAACAAGAGCUUCCGCCUACUUUUGCUGAUUAUCUCUCAAGAAAAGCCUAUGGAAAUGGACCCAGAUAUGGAGACUAUAUUGGAGCUGAGAAAUUUUUCGCGCAGCUCCAAAAGGAAAAAGUAGUGAAGAAGAUUGACGGCGUCUGA